AUGUACCGAGUGCAAGGCUCUCGAAAAAGGCAGGGUCCCCCAGCCUCCACAGUGGUCUCUGCCUCUUCAUCACAGUUCAAAGAGGAAAUCUCCCGGAGGUUUAAGGCUCAGCAGGAUCAGCUGGUCCUGAUCUUCGCAGGCAAGAUCCUCAAGGAUGGAGACACACUGAACCAGCAUGGGAUCAAGGACGGGCUCACUGUCCAUCUGGUUAUCAAAACCCCUCAGAAGACUCCAGAUCCAGCUGCUGCCACCGCCUCCUCCCCCUCCACUCCUGACCCCGCCUCAGCACCCUCCACCACGCCUGCUUCACCUGCCACCCCUGCCCAGCCUUCCACCUCUGGCAGCACCACUUCGGAUGCUGGCAGUGGAAGUCGGAGGAGCAGUGGGGGGGGUCCUUCCCCGGGGGCUGGGGAGGGGCCCCCCAGUGCUGCCGCAUCUAUACUCUCUGGCUUUGGGGGUAUCCUGGGGCUGGGCAGCCUGGGCCUUGGCUCUGCCAACUUCAUGGAGCUGCAGCAGCAGAUGCAGAGGCAGCUGAUGUCCAACCCUGAGAUGCUGUCACAGAUCAUGGAGAACCCCUUGGUCCAGGAUAUGAUGUCUAACCCUGACCUCAUGCGUCACAUGAUCAUGGCCAACCCCCAGAUGCAGCAGCUGAUGGAGCGGAAUCCUGAGAUCAGCCACAUGCUCAACAACCCAGAGCUCAUGAGGCAGACAAUGGAGCUUGCUCGGAAUCCAGCCAUGAUGCAAGAGAUGAUGCGGAACCAGGACCGGGCCCUGAGCAAUCUGGAGAGCAUUCCCGGGGGGUACAAUGCCCUCCGGCGCAUGUACACGGACAUCCAGGAGCCCAUGUUCAGUGCUGCCCGGGAGCAGUUCGGCAACAAUCCCUUCUCCUCCCUGGCCGGGAACUCCGACAGCUCUUCCUCCCAGCCUCUGCGGACUGAGAAUCGAGAGCCCCUCCCGAACCCCUGGAGCCCCUCGCCCCCUGCCUCCCAGGCCCCUGGGACCGGUGGGGAGGGCACCGGAGGGUCAGGGACCAGCCAGGUGCACCCAACAGUCUCGAACCCCUUUGGGAUCAAUGCGGCCAGCCUAGGGUCAGGGAUGUUCAACAGCCCGGAGAUGCAGGCGCUCCUGCAGCAGAUCUCUGAGAACCCCCAGCUCAUGCAGAAUGUGAUCUCGGCCCCCUACAUGCGCAGCAUGCUGCAGGCGCUGGCCCAGAACCCCGACUUUGCUGCUCAGAUGAUGGUGAAUGUGCCGCUCUUUGCGGGGAACCCCCAGCUUCAGGAGCAGCUCCGCCUGCAGCUCCCUGUCUUCCUGCAGCAGAUGCAGAACCCGGAGUCACUGUCCAUCCUCACGAACCCCCGUGCCAUGCAGGCGUUACUGCAGAUCCAGCAGGGACUGCAGACCUUGCAGACCGAGGCCCCUGGGCUGGUCCCCAGUCUUGGCUCCUUCGGGAUGCCCCGCACUCCGGCACCCUCGGCAGGCAACAACUCUGGGUCCACUGCGGAAGCCCCCACCUCCCCGCCAGCACCGGCAGCUGCGUCUCCCACCGGGCCUUCCAGUGCCCAGCAGCAGCUCAUGCAGCAGAUGAUCCAACUGCUGGCCGGAAGUGGAAACUCACAGGUGCAGACCCCAGAAGUCAGAUUUCAGCAGCAGCUAGAACAGCUCAACUCCAUGGGCUUCAUCAACCGUGAGGCCAACCUCCAGGCCCUGAUCGCCACCGGAGGGGACAUCAACGCUGCCAUCGAGAGACUCCUGGGCUCGCAGCUCUCCUAACCCUCAGCCCGUGCCUCCUGCCCUCUGACUCAGUGCCAGCCUUCGGUGCCUGUCAGCCCCUCCCUCUGCAGUUUGUCCCUCUGCCUUCCUCCUGUCCUCUCCACACAGCAGUGAUCUUAGAGGCAUGGGCCCCAGCCCCGUAGCUCUGUCACAAUUUCAGUUUUACUGCUGUCUCCUGACAGAACCUUCCCCGCCGGCCCUUCUGGAGCACACCGCCCUUUAAACAGUUUACAGUCCAGUCGACCGGCCCCUCCUGGCACAGCCACCUUUUGAAGUCUUCGGGCUUCUCAGUGGGACCUGGAGUAGCAGGGGACCUGGCUGUGCGUGUGGAGCGCAGUCUUCCAUCCGUACCACAAGGGCUUAGCGUGGAGCCACCUUCCUUCCCCUCGCUCCCUGCCCGGAGCAGCCAGCCUGGAAUGACACGCUGAAGGGGAGCGCCGGUGGUCCGCCUGCUUUUCCUCCUCAACUUCUGUUCUGGUUACUGCACCCAGCACUUCCUCAUUCUCUGGGGACUCCAGGGGCCAGCAGAGAUGCCUACUCCCCUGCUCUCUGAGCAGGACCGACGGGCCUGGCAGCAGCCUGGGCGCUGGAGUGCGUGAGGAGGGUCGCAGUUCCUCGGAGGAAGAGGCUGAGUGAGGCAGCCUGAGCCAGAAGCUUGGACUGUAAUGGACAUUUGGGGUGUGGAAGCACUCGGAGCUCUUUUAAUCGGGAGAACGCUGGCCAGGCCUGGCAGAGAAAUAAGAUCCUGGGAGAACCAGACUCAAGGGGGCUCCACGAAGCUGAGCAUUUGGAACUCACGGAGUCCGGGGGGCCCUACUUCCUCAAUCGCGCCUAGGUACGCACUGGCGCGGGUUCCGAUGGAACCAGCACCUUCCUGCAUCUUGGCACAGUCAUUUCUGCUCCCUUGAAGAGAUAUGCAAAGGUGGAGACCUGUCUCAGCAGAGGUGUGGCGUGCGUCUGCGUGCUGAUUGCUGUAGUGCGCCCAAGAGAGCUGGGUUCCCCGCACCUCGGUGCUGGGCCGCCAACAGUACACAAGCAGUGUGGUACCUUCUGGAACUGUCAGGCUGUGACUGGCCUUUUACUUCCUGUCUCUGCUUUCAGUAAUCACAGAGGGAUUUCUCCCUCCAGAGUCCUUUUGUUCACUGUUCUUUCUGGGCCAGAAAGUGUUUUAGUUUGUUUGAGUUUUUUGUGGUGCUGGGGAUUGAACCCAAGGUUUCGCACAUGCUGGGUAAGUGCUGGACCAAGGCUCCGCCCCCGGCACAGUUCUUCAGGAAGGAGAGGACAGGGUGGCGAGGCCUUGCAUCUGGACCUGGAUGUGGCUCUGCCUGGGCCCCAAGGAGGCUCUGUCACCCCCACCCCCUGGCGUGGGGGAUCCCUGGCUGAUGAUAUGGACGAGGCAAGAGGAACAGCCUGCUAGGAGUGGGAAAGGGUCCCAGCAGUCCAGAGAUGCCUGCCCAUCCCUUCUGACCUCCCCAGUGCUCACACUGGCCUCUGUAAAUAAAUGGUGUGGUCUUUGUUGUGAGAGCGCGUUGCUGUUUGUUCUCCAAGAAUGAGGAGGCUUUUUACAGGACACAAGGUAGGACCCAGAGGAGCCUGAAGCCAGAUUUGGUUAUCACAGGUGCUAGGAGACUGAGAAUUAAGAGAUAAUGGGCCAGGGAUUUAGCUCAGUGGUUCCACCUGCUUCACAAGCCCAAGGUCCCAAGUUUGAUCCCUGGUACUGGGGGCCGGGGGGAGGACCAGCUUGAAAUACAUACUAAGACCCUGUCUCAAAAAACAAAAAAACCCCAGAA